AGCCCGGUGCCCCCGCAGCUCAGCGCCAUGAAGGGGGAGCUGGCCGAGGCCGAGCAGCUCCUGCACCAGGCCCUGCGCCGGGCGCACCAGCAGGAGAACAGACAGGCCAUCAUCUACACCUACAGCAUGAUGGGGAACGUGGCCUACCUGCAGGGACAGCUGGGCAAUGCAGAAAAGCUCUACAAAGCAACUAUGAGCUAUAUGCUUGCAGGGGAUGCAAAGGAGGAUGACAACGCCAUCCUUGAGAUGUCCCUCAAGCUGGCCAGUAUCUACGCUGCUCAGAAUCAGCAUAAAUUAGCUAUAGCAGGCUACCAGUUCUGCAUCCUGUCCUUAGAGGAGAAGAUUGCCAAGCAGAAGGACUUGCCUGAGGAUGUCUUAUCAGCUGAAGAAAAGGCCAACACCCAGCUCCUGCUUGGGAUGAGCCUGGACUCCUACGCCCGCUACCUUCUGAAUAUCAAUGAGCUCCCAGCAGCGCAGAAAGUGUAUGAGAAGGCUCUGCAGAUAUCAAAUGAUGUUCAGGGAGAGACUCAUCCACAGAGUGUGGUGCUGAUGAAUGACCUGGCGACGGUGCUAGAUGCUCAGGGCCACUACGAGGAGGCGCUCGCCUACAGCAGGAGGGCAGCAGAGCUAGCAAGGGACACUCAGCACCCCGAGGAGCAUGUGGUGCUCAAUAAUCUGGCAGCAAUCCUGAUGCACAAAGAGGAUUUCCUGCAAGCAAAACAAGUGUACAAAGAAGCUCUCAAGCAGGCACAGCAGAAGGGAGAUGCUGCUGCUGUCCAGCAUAUCCAGGAGGAACUAGCUGAGCUGGCCAAGAGGAGAAAGGGCUCCAACUGAUUUUGGCCACAGAGUCCAACCUUGAGGUGACUGAAGGCAGCAAGAGCUGGUCAGCACAGGCAGCCUGGGAGCAGCUUGGUGCAAUUCUCCAGAGAAACAGCAAUGAGGAGUUUCAGGAGUGCUUAAGAGGAAGGGCUGCCACUGCCUAACAGACCAAAAUAAAGGUGUGAAAUCUAAAGUGUGAA